UUGCUAUAUAGUGCUUGUUUGUCAACCGAAUAAUUUCUCUUUACUGCGAACCCCUAAAAUCAACGGCCAUGGCGGAAUACACUCGUGAGCCGUGUCCCUUUCGCAUUAUCGAGGAUUGCGGCGGAGCCUUCGCUAUGGGGGCCCUGGGCGGAGGAGCUUUCCAGGCGAUCAAGGGCUAUCGUAACGCCCCCGCCGGUCUGAAACACCGACUGAGCGGGGGAUUUGCGGCGGUACGGGCCCGCUCCGGUCUGGUGGGCGGGAACUUCGCGGUGUGGGGCGCUACGUUCAGCGCUAUCGAUUGUACCCUAGUCUACUACCGGAAGAAGGAGGACCCGUGGAACGCGAUAAUUAGUGGGGCGGCCACUGGAGGUAUUCUGGCUGCUCGCACUGGACUUACUUCCAUGCUCAGCAGUGCCUUGGUGGGCGGAGUUCUUUUGGCCCUGAUCGAGGGCGUGGGCAUUGCGGUGGCCCACUACUCGGCGGAUUCCUACCGCCAGGUGUCGCCCGUGGAGCGGCAGGAGAUAUACAGGCAGCAGCAGAAGGACUUUUAUCCCUUUGGCGCGGACUAUGCAGAGGCUGAUCCGUCGUCAUUGUAGAAUUCUUCGCUGCGUCAUCGCAUAGACGUCGCUAUCCAUCCGCGAUCCGUAGAUCGACUACUGCAUACCAAUUUGAUACGAACUUACUUUGAUUGUUCAACGACAACGCCUCCAAAUCUGAGACUGGCGGCAUUCCGGUUUCAAUUUAAAUUCAAUUGUCGUACUUUGCAAGUUUUAGAAUCAUAAAUAUAUUUUCCUUUCGUUU